CGCAAUCACCACUUCCUUUUCGUUCCGGCCUUGUGGCAGUAAACAUGGCUGCAGAAGGAGAUGUGGAUUUGGACCUAGAAGCCGAAGAGAACUGUACUGGAAAACCGGCAGAGAAACCUCGUAAACACGACAGUGGGGCUGCUGACUUGGAGCGGGUUACCGACUAUGCGGAAGAGAAGGAGAUUUCGAGCUCCGAUCUGGAGACGGCCAUGUCCGUGAUCGGAGACAGGAGGUCGAGAGAGCAGAAAGCCAAGCAGGAAAGAGAGAAGGAGCUUGCUAAAGUCACCAUCAAGAAGGAGGACGUAGAACUCAUAAUGGGAGAGAUGGAAAUCCCACGGAACCUGGCAGAGCGAAGUCUGAGGGAACACAUGGGGAACGUUGUGGAGGCACUGAUUGCUCUCACAAACUGAGCACAGCAAAGAUGCCCAAGGGAGCAUGAAAUUGAGUGGACUACUUUCCAUGCUACUUGGCCUUCUUGGAUUUCUCUACUCCCAUUCUGAAUCUUGACCAUAUGGACACAAACUUGUAGCUUGUACACAGGUUUAAAUGCUGUCUGCAAUUUUCAAAAUAUUCCCAUGUAUUUUGUUAGUUUCAGAUGAGUUAGUUUAAGGUUGAUCAUACCAGAACUUUUGGGAAAAGGUUCAUGGUCAGUAUUAAAAUUUACAGUAGUCAGUCAACUACGUUUAAAGAUGUUCUUGCAUUUGGUGACAGAACUGGUUCCAAAGGCUAGUGUUCCCCAAUAGUGAGGUUAAGUCUUAAGCUAUUUGUUAAUGGAACUUCCUCAUUCCUUGGUCUGACUUGAAAUUUGAAAUUAACCUUGAGUGCUUAAUAAAAGCGUGUAUAUAAAUACAGGCAGUCCCCGCGUUACGAACGUCCGACUUGCAUGCAACCCGUAGUUAUGAACCACCCCCUUACUGACCAGAAGGUGAUCUGUCACCCAUAAGUAACAAUCAAAAACUUCAUAAUUAAGCCUAUUCAAAAUUUGAGUUACAAACAGCGGUUUGUAGUAAACAGGCGCUACUUCGCCAGCUGCAUGAAAACACUGCACAUCUACAGCAGCUUGUCAGCUCACGGCUGGGGUGGGUGAGCCCCACCUAGGACAGAGACUUCCUUUUUCUGUGUUACUGGCUUUGGCUUUAAUUUUAUUUUUACUUUCCUAACCAUACCCCCAAAGUGUAAAUGUGAUGCAAGUGAAGG